AGACGUCCAGAUCUACGGUGCAUCGAAGAUGAUUUCCUCAACUGCUAGAGUCAUGUUGCUGGCCCUCGUGCUAGUGUUGUGCACAGCCACCGUCCUCGCUGGCUACGGAGGUUACGGCCACGGCGGAGGAGGUUACGGCGGCUACGGAGGGCACGGCGGUGGCUUCGGGGGAGGUUUCGGCGGUCGUGGAGGCGGAUACGGAGGAUACGGCGGCCGGGGAGGAGGAUACGGUGGUUCCGGAGGACAUGGAGGCCACGGAGGUGGAUACGGAGGAUAUGGAGGAAACUAUGGCGGAUACGGCGGGUCACAUGGCGGUUACGGAGGCUACGGAGGCUAUCACUAAACCUACCGACCAUGCGUGCGUGAGGAUGACUCGUCGGUGGUUUCUCGCCCAGUGUCGGACCGAACACACUGCACCUGCGUAUACAGGGUUUUCGCGCAACAUAGCAAUGGAUUUAUGUGGUGAUGGUUUUAUCUGACGAUGGUGUGUGGUCAUGGUGAUGGAUUUAUAUGACGAUGGAGUGUGGUCAUGGUGAUGGAUUUAUAUGACGAUGGUGUGAGGUCAUGGUAUCAUCUAGUGAUGGUUUUAUCUGAUGCUUGCUUCUUCUGACGAGAGCUCCACCUAGUGAUAGAAUCAUCUGCUGAUGGAUUAACCUGAUGAUGGCUCCAUCUAGUGAUGUAUUUAUCUAGUGAUGUCUUCAUCUAGUGAUGUCUACAUAUGGUGAUGUCUACAUCUAGUGAUGACUUUAUCUA